AUUGACAACAUCAAAACAAAUGUGUCAGUAAAAUUCGGUCUUAGUUCUGUGAGGGUAGUUGGAGACCGUAUUUAUCUGGUGCAAAAGCUGUCAAAGUAAUAUUUCCAAAUCAAUAUUCUGCAAUAAUGUUGUUUUAAGAUGUCCCUCCUACUUUAUAUUGCAUUUGUGGGACUUCUUAUGGGUGUGGGGGCCAACUUGAAAAUGUUUCAUGCUGAUAAGUUACUUAGACCUUACCCACCCCUGCUGUACACACAAGAUGCCCCAAUAGUACUGGUGUUUUUCUGUUUACUCAGCUGUUGAGUAAAAACAGUAAAUGUUUAGUGUUUAAAUGGAUUCGAAGGAAAAUGAUAUUGUGGCCUUAAUUGCCAAAGCCAUUGCUGAAGCCUCGGAUACAGACAGUAACUGUGAAGUGUUGCUGGCCGGAAAACAGUAUCCAUCGAUCCAGGAAUUUGCAUCUGCCAUUCCCAACCAACUUCUGCUGGGAUCUCUACUGGAACACUUGUGCUUUGUCUAUGAGAGUGAUCCCACACGGUCACGCAUGCUGUUUAAAGUGAUAGGCCAGCGGUUAGCGGCUAUGAACCUCCUGUCCCCACUGGCGAUCAGUGAUGAGUUCAGCACGGUCCGAUUACAGCAUAACAGGGCGUUCACAGAGCUCCUGCACGCCACAAGCUCAUCCCUUUUUCCCCAGGAACAUAGGUACUUGAGUACUGAAAGCCAAAGCAAAAGAUCCAAAGAUACUCUUUUCCAAGCACAGACAUCCCGGUACCUUAGUGAAUUUGAAGAAAUAGCAACACUGGGUAAAGGAUCCUAUGGCAAAGUGUUUAGGGUCACAAACAAGCUUGAUGGUCAGGAAUAUGCAGUGAAAAAAAUUCUAAUCAAGAAAGUCACACGAGAUGACUGUAUGAAGGUUCUUAGAGAGGUUAAAGUGCUCUCCAGCCUUCAACAUCCCAAUAUUGUUGGAUAUCACACUGCAUGGAUGGAACACGUUCAGCCUGCCGUGAAAGAUUCCAACUCCCUUGUUUCGCAAACACUUCCAGCAUUAGAUAAACCCUCAGAACGAGAUGGGUGCACUCAAGAACACACCAACAGCAGCAAUGGAUCUUUCAUUGUUUUUGAACAUUCUGAACGAGCAGAAGUGAAAGAAAAUAAGGUUGCACUAGAGAGCAUCUCGGUAAAACCCUCAACUUCAAAAGUAGACACGGGACAGUCUGUUUGCCCUAAAAAUGUCCGCAAGCCACAGAAUUUUGUUCCAUGUGUGUUUCUGGGAAAACCUCGCUCUACGUUAAACAAAUGCCCUGCUGCUAAUUGGGACAGCUCAACACUCUCAGAGGAUGACCUCAGUCAGAACAGACUGGAACUGAACAAUAACUCUUACAUUGACAUGGAUACACCUGAAUGGUCUGAAAAGCUGGAGAACAAGGUUCAGUUCCAUUUGAUGCUUUAUAUACAAAUGCAGCUGUGUGAACGAUCUUUGAAAGACUGGAUACAAGAGAGAAAUUCAAGGACCACGGAGGGACUCUCGAUGUCAGGAGAUCCCUGUGAUUCAGGUGACUGUGAACAGGCAUUAAAGAUUUUAAAGAAAAUACUUGAAGGAGUGGAAUACAUUCAUUCCUGUGGUAUUAUGCACAGAGACCUAAAGCCAAGAAAUAUUUUCCUUCUUGGACAUGAGUGUCAUGUGAAGAUAGGGGAUUUUGGAUUGGCUUGCCAAAAUAUUAUAAUGGAUGAACAUGAGCAGUUGCCCUCCAGUUCCCAAACAGGUGUAAACCCAGAUGCUACUCACACCAGUGGAGUGGGAACGUUUGUUUACGCUGCCCCAGAGCAGCUUGAGGGCUCUCGCUAUGAUUCAAAGUCAGAUAUGUUCAGUAUAGGAGUGAUUGCCUUUGAGUUAUUCCAGCCAUUUGGGACCGAGAUGGAGCGUGUUCACACACUUGGAGAACUACGACAGGGCAAAAUCCCUAACACACUUUCCACAAACUGGCCACUUUUGGCCAAGUAUAUUAAACUACUGACCUCCCCUGAUCCCUCAAUGCGACCAAGUGCACCUCAGUUACUUCAGAGUGACCUCUUCAGCACCAGUGACAUGGUGAUCCACAGUUUAAAGCGCAAGAUUGAUGAACAAGAAGAAGAAAUUGUUCAACUCAGGAGACGGAUCAGUGAGCUACAGAUCUCUCAGAAUUCAAUACACAAUCCAGGAAAAACGUAAUAAUAAUAAUUCUUUUGGACUGCCACAAGUUCUCAGUAUUUGUACAUUGUCAAUUGUUGUUUGAAAAUGGCUGUAUGUGUGAGCGCAACUCUGCUUGUAUGUAUAUAAAUGAGUGAUAUAUUUAAUUUAAGGAAUGAUCUGUUAAGUAAAACCCCAUAACAAUGUUG